UGUUUUUCUCCCAACAUACGUCGUGUGCAAACGUCAACAAAUACCUAGGUUUACAUUUACCAAAAAUUAAUUUCGUCACGGUAAUUCCAACAGUUUUGUGAUAAAAAUCUUAUUAAAUGUUAAAAUGAUUCGCACUGAAGGCUUAGUACAACGAAGGAACGUAAUCAAAGAGAGUAAUUCUGAUGGUUCAGUCAAAGAGAACCAUGAUGUGGAUGAUAAGAAUGAUAAAAAUUAUGAUGACGGUGAUUCUAAGGAAACCCGUCUGACUCUGAUGGAGGAGGUUCUUCUAUUAGGGCUCAAGGACAAAGAAGGUUAUACAUCAUUUUGGAAUGACUGCAUAUCUAGUGGCUUGAGAGGCUGCAUUUUAAUCGAAUUGGGCUUGAGAGGUCGCGUGGAACUAGAGAGAGCUGGUAUGAGGAGAAAAGGCUUACUGUCAAGAAAGGUUAUUGUAAAAUCAGAUACACCAACUGGCGAUGUCUUGCUGGAUGAAGCUUUAAAACACAUGAAAGAUACCGACCCUCCAGAAUCAGUGCAGAGUUGGAUAGAAUAUCUCAGUGGUGAAACAUGGAAUCCUAUGAAGUUAAAAUAUCAGUUAAAAAAUGUACGAGAAAGGCUUGCCAAGAAUCUUGUUGAGAAAGGUGUACUCACAACAGAAAAACAAAACUUCUUGUUGUUUGAUAUGACGACUCACCCACUCACCGAUAAUGUUGUUAAAUGCCGCUUAGUAAAAAAGGUGCAAGAGGCAGCUCUCCGCCGCUCCAUAACGGACGUGGCUCACGCCGACAAGCGGUCCCUGGCCCUACUCAUGCUGGCACAUUCCGCCGACGUCCUCGAGAACGCUUUCGCGCCGCUCUCGGACGAGGACUACGAGCUGGCCACCAGGCGCGUCCGGUCGCUCCUAGAUCUGGACUUCGAGGCCGAGGCCAUGAGACCGGACGCCUGCGAGAUCAUGUGGGCGGUGUUCGCGGCGUUCACCAAAUAGCGGUACCCCGGCAUUUAGUGUAAGCCAGGAUAAUUGCAAUACCUUCGAGCUUUGAUUGAAUCAAAAUAGCCAGAGUGGCUGGAAUCGAGAUUGUCUUGAUUUCAGUCGGUCGUUACUGUGUGAUGAGAGUGGACGUGUUGAUGCAUCGGCUAUUUUGGUUUCAUCGAAGCUGAGUGACAAAAAAUUCCUAUAGUGUAAAUUGUGCGAAACGGAAAGAUUCAAAGUUUAUGUUAAAUAGAGAAAUUGUACAGACCGCGUUUAUAUAAAGUUUUUGGUUUAUCAAGUCCUAUCUGUUUUGCGAUCAGUAUUAUGUACACUGUGACAAUCUGAGUUUUUUCUCUAGCAACGUGUUUUCAUAUUUAUUAAAAUAUGUUUUGAUGCAUCUGAGAGUGUAUAAAGAUCUGUCGCUCGGUGGUCAAAAGUGGAACUAAAAUUGACAUAAGAAGAUGUCUGACACUUUCAUAUUAUUUGGUUUAUUUUCACUGUGUUUAUAAGUAAAUAGGUGUAUUUGUAUAGAAUGUGCCAGUUAAGUUUAUCACCAUAAAGAAUUUAUUAACAAGCUCCACCUAGUAAAAUUUUUAUU